AUGUCGUCCCAGGCCGUCAAGAGAGCCUGCGACGCCUGUCAUCGUCGCAAGGUCAAAUGUGACGGCAUCAACCCCUGCCGCAACUGCUCCUCCGCCCAGCUCUCCUGCACCUACAAUGCCAUCCCCCAGAAGAAGGGCCCCAAGGGCUCCCGCGCCAAGGUCAUCUCGGAGCUCCGCGAGACGCAGCGCCUCACUUCGCUCUCUGCCAAGGUCCAGAACCGCAUGAACGGCAUCGCCUGCCCCCAGGCCAACUCGCUGUCUCCCACGCCCGGCAUGGUCACCUCGGACCUCGUCAAGGACUGUGCCUCCUUUUACUUCGACCACAUGUAUCCCCAGGCUCCCAUCCUCGACCGCCGCCAGGUCGACCAGCAGCUGCUCUACAUGGAGCAGAACCGCGAUGCUUACUGCCUCAUGACCGCCAUGUGCGCCUUUGUCAUGCUCCAGCCCGGCAUGUCCAUGCCUCCCGGCGACCCCUACAACCUCGACAUGGUUCCCGGCGCCAACAUCAUCUCCUCCCAGCUCCUCCUCGAGGAAGCUCACAAGGUCCGCAAGGGCUACGAGUACCUCGACUCGGUGACACACAACGCCCUUGCCACCAACUUUUUCAUCUUUGCUUGCUACUAUGGCCAGGAGAUGCACGACAAGGCCUGGUACUACCUCCGCGAGGCCACCACCAUGAUUGCAAUGAUUGGCAUGGACAAGGAGGACCACUACCUCCAGUUUGACGCCGUCGAGUCGGCCCGUCGCCGCCGCCUCUACUGGCUCUUCUACGCCGUCGAGCGCGCUUACGCCCUCAACCGCGGCCGCCCGCUGACCCUCAAGGCCAGCAUCAACCUGCCCACCCUUGCCGAUGACCCCUCGGAUCCUCUGGCCCACCAGCUGCACAGCUUCAUCAUGCUCGUCAACCUCUACCGCCCCUUUGACGAUGCCUUUGUGUGUGUCUGGAACAAGACCCGCCAGCACUUUUCCACCCAGUACAUUAGCGGUCUGCAGAAGCAGCAAAACGACCUCUCCCAAAACUACGGCUGCCAGGACCCCAACUUUGCCGACUUUCGCACCAACCAGCAGUGGCUCAAGAACACCGUCUGGCAGCUCACCAACGGCGCCAACGGCAACACGGAAGACGCCUCCUUCUACAAUGGUGACAUGGCCCGCGAUCUGCUGCUCAGCCUGGCCUCAUCCUUCCCCAACCAGGGCAUGGAUCUCGUCAGCACUGGGCUCAUUGAGAAGCUUAUCGAAGUAUCCUUUUCCCUUACCGAGUUCCUCUCCAUUCAGCCCGCUUCUCGCGACCCCUUUGCCAUUGGCCCCCGCGAGUACCUGACCCAGAUCCUCACGUCGGUCGGCCUCGCCCGCUCCGGCGAGCACCGCUUCCUGCCACUGCUCAUGAGCAAGCUAUCCGACAUCUUGCCCCGCACUAUCAACCCCAUGCUGCAGAAUGCACCGGAGAAUGUCAACAUGGCGUCCGUCGACAUCUUUGACGGAUUUGGCAACGCUGGCAUGGCCCAGCCCCCGAUGCAGAUGAUGGAGACGGACUAUGUCGACAACAAGUACGCCAUGGACAUGAACAACCGCACACCCGACUCCCAACCCCAUACCAACCACACCCCGCCCGGCUCCGGCUCCGACAUGAGCAAUUCCUUUGUGGCCUCGCCAGACAUGAUGUCGCCCAACGCCAUGGAGUACUCCCACGGCAGCAACUUGACGAUCAACACCUUUGGCGUCAAUUCCAUGCAGGACAUGGUCAGCCCGGUGGGACCCUCGCCGCAGCACAUGCACAUGCGUCAGGGCAUGCCAAUGAACAGCAUGGUCUUGCCGCGCCAGGGCAGCUUUAUGCAGGGGAGCGAGUAUCACUCGAUGCCUGCCGAGCUCGAUUUUAACUCGCUGCGGUGA